AUGGAAGAAAGGGAGGACGUGGAGGUCGUCGGCGUCCCCGUGGAGGGUGUGGAGUACGUGGAAGUUGUUGGCGUCCCAUUGGAUAUAGGGGAUGAUGUGGAAGGAGUGGAGGUGGUGGAGGACGUGGAAUUUGUUGAGGUACAGAUGGACGGAGGGGAUGACGUGGAAGUGGUAGAAGUCCAGAUGGACGGAGGGGAUGACGUGGAAGUGGUAGAAGUCCAGAUGGACGAAGUGCAAUUGGAACUGGAGUUUGUGGACAUGCUCGACGAGUUGCAGCCAGACGUCGACGAAGAGUUCCGACCACUUGCCGUGGGUGAACAACCCCGAGGGCGUGCGCCAAUAAUUGACAGGCAGGCAGGCGUGACACACCCGCUUCCAGAGCAGCACAACGCGGGCGCGUUAAACAGAAUCUGCACACAGUGUAACGCCCGCCACUUCGAAGGCGAGGUUGUGGGCCGGGAUGCCAAUAGGCACUUCUCCACUUGCUGUAACAACGGUCAAGUGACCGCUGCAGGACAGCACGCGUUGUUGUCCGCCCCUUUUUUACUAAUGAGUUUGUUGAUUGGAGAUUCACAGGAUGGUCGUAGAUUCCGAGACGACAUCCGCCGGUACAACAACGCCCUGGCAUUCGCUGCGUUUAGCUGUGGCACAGACGACAGGCGUUUGCGAGGGCGUGGACCGCGAACGAUGUGUAUCCAAGGCCAAACUUAUCAGAGGAUAAAUAAUGACGUGGCCGUUGACCGAGUAGAUGCCAACUACUGUCAGUUGUAUUUCCUCGAGUCCUCAGAGGCCAACGCCCGCCGCGUUGGGAUGGCUCUGCAGAGAAAUCAUCGUGAACUGUCCGUAGUUGUGAUGGGACUAUUGGACGGUUUUCUGCGGGACGUAAAUCCGUACGCAAUGGCUUUUAAGAACAUGCGUGAGGUGUGGCUGGCAGAAAGAGACCUAGCCGACGCCGAUCCCGCAGGUGUGCGACCUAGGCCAGUGACGAUGCAUUUUGUCCGAGAUGCGGCCCGGGACGACGGGCGAAACAACCUGCCUACCGCAAACGAAGUUGCGGCCGUGUUCGUAGGCGAAGGGGGUCGUCCGCCAAGAGACAUUAAUCUGGUCAUCUACGAUACGAAUCCAAUCAACCCGCAACACAAGAUGCAAACCAUACCAGCGGGGUCGUGUCACUCGGAUCCGAUGUUGUAUCCGCUGUUUUUCCCGUACGGCGAGGCCGGUUGGCAUAACGUGAUGUUGCAAGCGGGCAACCGACGAAACAAUGUCCGCAAUCGCAACAGUAUCAGAGAGUUUCCUACCGUUUGGCUGUUAGAUAUCAGGAUGUAUGUGUGCGACCAGUAUGUUCGAAUGGAGUCGAACAAUCUGAACUACAUACGUUUGCACCAGAGGGAUCUCCUCGCCGAAGCGUAUCAAGGGCUCAUGGACCAUGUGAACCAACAGCUCCACAUCGAUCCCAUGGCGGUCGGGCGUAGGGUCAUAUUGCCGUCGACGUUCACGGGUAGCGACCGAUUCAACAAGAUGAAUUAUCAAGACGCCAUCACCAUAGUGCGUACCAAAGGGAAACCCGACCUGUUCAUAACGUUUACGUGCAAUCCCAGGUGGCCAAAGAUCACUGAAAACCUGGCUGCCCACAGCACGGCAAGCGACAGGCCGGACCUGGUGGCCAGAGUGUUCAACUUCCAAUCGACAGGCGCUUACACGACUGCGUCAAGUCUCACAUGA